AUGCCUCCAACGGACUUCGCUCAAAGUGAUGCCCGUAUCCGCGUUUGCUGCUAUGUGUACCUGAUUGCGGAAGAUAUUGAACGUGACGCCAAUACCACGCCUGCCUCUCCGCAGUAACGGCCACAUCCGCGUAGCUGACGCCAGCAAUCACCCCCGCAUGGUAGACUCCACAGAGUCCGGGGUGCUACUUGGCGGCUUGGACGCGCUGAUCGCGCGUCAAUCCUGUUGCUAAGGCUCCUGGCGGCUCGUCGUGACUACAUGACGCCGUUCCGACCGCAACGGCAGCAUCGAAGACAAUUUCUCGGACGCGUGCAACAUCAUGCUCGGACGCCUCCUUGACCUGGAUAAGGAUGGCAUGGCUGUCUCCACCGUUGAACUCCUCGACGAGGGGAGUGCCGGGGUAUGCGUUGGCUGCGAUGGGCUAUCGUAGUGUGGCGUUGGACGGGAGGAGUGGAAGCGGAUGAGGAUAUCGGCGCGAUGUGACGAUGUGCGGCAGGUGCUCGCUGCAGCCCAGCAGGUUCAACAGCGAAGUUGCGCCGCGUCAAUCAGCGCUUGGUCAGAAAGCGCUACCGGGCCCAACUCUUAGAAGCACCUUGCUUGCCCACCGAUGAAAGGAGGCUCCGUGCAACGUAGGGCUUUGGAUUGAAGGUGUCGCAUUCCCUCUAGAGGAAUAUCUUGAAAGCCUCUUUUUCGUGCUCCGUUUACCACGCUUGCGCCAGAUGUUCUCUAAAAGCCGUAUCAAAUGUCCCCUCGAUUAUUCGUUGUCUAAAAGCCGUAUCAAAUGUCCCCUCGAUUUGAGGGGGCAUUUGAUGGGGCUUUUAGAGUUGAGACGGCCCCGGCGGGCGCUGUUCUCUUGUACACCAUGUUUGCGUGUUUGCUUGUCGUUAGUGGUCUCUCCACCGUGUGCCUUUUUCUGUCUCUUAUUUCUUUUUUUUUUCGGCCUGGUCCCAUUUUGUCCUCCUCGCUCUGUUUAUUUCAUUUUCUCUUUCCUUAUUACUGUUUCCUUUUUUUUUCUUCUCUUUUUCUCGUUUUCUCUUUUUCAUCAGUCCGCACAUACAAAGGCCACGGACUGUCCAUCAUCGCCCAAUGAGAAAGCGAUUUUGUAUCUUUCCCUUUUUUUAUCUUUUUCGCGUUCCAAGGGGUUAGUAAUUUUUUCUUAACGGCGGGCCGCGACUGCUGUAUGCCUGCCACUAUACACACAACCCAUAUCAGAGCGGAGUGUCUAUGCACAACAUGAAAGGGUGAUGACCCGAGACCCGUUCGAGAAAACACCCUGUUCGGCGAGGGAACCCUACUGGAUUUACAGCAGAGCAAUAAUUAUGCGAGGCUCCUCCGGAGAUGCAGAGAUCUCGUAGAUCGGAGACAGCUUAUCUCACGGCGGUCUUUCAUUGGCCAUGCCUGAGAGGCUCGCGACAUCUACGAAGUGCGAACCACCUGCCAAAACAAACUGGGCAACCGUGAUGGCCGCCCGGGGCCUACCGUGCCGUGCAAGGCGGGAGGGUCGUACAAUAGCGGCAAACGAAGGCAGGUGUAUCUGUCCUUCUGGCAUCCUACACGCACAGGCAGACCCACCGGCCGGAGAUACAGUCGGCGCUGCUGCCACAAGCGGUACAUCUGUCCUUGAUCCUCCCACUACCAAGCGAUGACGUCCGAUACAGUCUAUAACUUGGUGGGCGUUCUCGGAGGUUCGUUCCUGGCCGCGUCAUUGUUGCCUCAAGUUUACCGCGUCACCGUGCGAAAGAAAGCCGCUGAUAUAAGCCACGUGUACCAGGCGGUUUUCGUGACGGGAGUGGUCAUGUUCCUCGUGUUCUACGGGUACUACGAGGCUAAAGUUGGUUGUUGUUGGCGGUGGGGAGGCCUGCAAAUACAUUGCCUUGGCGCGUGUCAGGAAACCUGAUCUCGCUCCACCCGUUCACUCAAGAGUCGCCCACUGCCUUUUACCACUCUGUGUACCGGCAACGUCGAUUCCUGAAACGUCCGUUAGCCGGUGGUCUACGUGCCAGCGACAUUCGCACCGCGGUUCCCGCCUGCAAGCGUGCAUAUUUUUCUUCCCCCGGUCUUGUUCAGGCCUUCUUGUGCACUCCCCGAGGUCUCGGGCCAGAUCCGAUGGUUGAACCGCCGUUCUUGCUGUUUCUUUCCAACCACCGCGCUUGCAAUCUUCUGGUGCAAGCGUACUACCGCCACUUCGAUUGAUCGGGCCCACGACGACUACUCCGUUUAUCCCCGGCGUUCAGAUUUCUCAUUGCAACUCCGCGUCGCCGCUUCUUUUUCGACGUCGUGCUGUUCUCAUCCUCAGCUCUGGGAGUUGUUCUUCACAAACCUUAUUUCCCUGUCGCUCCAGAUCUACCUGGUCAUCUUCAAGCUCCGCCUAGAGCGAUGCCCCCGCCGACAUACGGCGGCUGCGCCCUCGACGGUCGCUAGCGAAACGCCCGGCGAAGGCGUAACGCUUGACGACGAGUCAAGCGAGAGAAGUCCUCUGCUGAAGUCGGCCUAAGUUGCGAUGAUCGGCUUGGGGUCUCCGCGCGCCGCCAAUAUAACAGAAAGCCUUGUUCUGACAAGCACGAGGAAGGCCUUUCGCGGAGGGUGGUUUCCUUCUGGGAUCGAGAGACUAGCUUUACGGCCCAUACCGAUGAUUUCAGGCUUGCAAGAACCGCCAGAAAUACUGGUCAAUGCGAACUCGAGGGUCGGGGUGUAAAUAGUGCCGGCCUGGUGAAAUCUCGCAGCUCCCGAGACACGUCGCAGCGAUGAACAGCGGACGAGGAACUCAAACUCGCGCGCGUUUCAGUUGUGAUGCGCCCUGUAAACAGUUGCUGAGGGGGCCUUUUUUUUUCGGCGUGUACAGGCAGCGGUAUGCAACCGUCAUUGAAGCAUGGCGGGCUUUGCGGCGAUCGACGAGGUAGUGCUGCUCGAACGACGCACACGAAACCCGUGAGAAGAUGUUGAUAGGCGGUGAUAGCUCUUGCGCGAAGAGUUGCGUGCGACCAUCGAGUAGCACAGCCAAAGUUGUAUUCAUUUGUUUUACGCACGUGCGGCGUAGACGUUUGCCACGUGUGACAUUUUGUUUAUGAGUGCACGACAGUGGUAGAAGACAUGGAAUUGGAUUUCGCGUUUCUUCAGGCACCAUGUCGACAAUUUUCGGCAAGUGGCCAAAUUCUGUGUGUGACACCCAGGGCUCGUGAUAGUCCUGUGUGUUGUAUUUAUUUUUGGUGCACCAUGAUUAUGCCAGGCUUGAAAGCAAACUGCUCAAUAACCAAUUGGCGACCACCACAUAUACGCAUGCCACGUGACACCUCGCUCAUAGGAGAAAAAACGCGGCGCGUUUCGCCAGCGCUACGUCACGUCUGACGCCUCAAGUGGACGCAGCAAAGCGUGUGCGUUUUGUGUGUGGGCGUGACGAAGGGGAGGAGAGGUUCGAAGAAUAAAAUACACGAGAACGAUGAGAGACAGACCGCAUCUUGAGCACCAGCUCUUCGCGGGGGAGGGUGGUCCAACGCAUUCAAACAGCUUGUUCUCUUUCGAAGCUCUCGAGAGACUACAGGGCUUCCCUUGUCUGAAUGUUCCGCUUGGCACCUAAUCAAUUCCGCGAGAACACGUCCGCGAUAGAGCUGGGUAGAUGCCCGGUCACAUUGUUUUGGGGUUGGGCGGAGUGCAUUUGCCAAGAAAAUAAUGUUCCCCGGUAGUUAUACUUUCGGUUUUUGGGGAAAGCUCUAGUGCCAAAGUCGGGCCCUCGAGGGAAGCCACGAGUCAUUUAGUGCAUUGUAUCGAAACCGUUACAACGCCAAAUUCUGCUCAAUACAACCCAGGCACCAACCCAGUCCACGGCAUCCUCUGAAAGGUAGGCAACCUCCGUCCAAAUGGACACAGCCUACGCCUUAUGUUCACUUUUAGUCCUGCAAUAUAGUCUAAAACGCGCAAAACCAACCAAAUCAAACUCACAUUGAUGCCCACAAAUAUGCAAGUACAAUAAAUAAACGUCCUGAAUAAAUCGUCUAACCAGCAACUAAAGUUUGUUGCCCGAAGCGGUCUGCGUACUUCUUCUAGUUGUACGUGAUCAGCUUCUCCUCUACAGCUUCUCUUUCAUUUUUCUUUUCUAACGACGCGGACUAUCGCGCCGUUGAUGCAGCCGGUCGGAGAGUAUUAGCUUCCCCCCGAAGGAGAACAUGCAUGUGGGAUAAGGUACUGCAGCAACAUGUUACGCAAAAAAUCGAAAGGAGGUCCACCCUACUCAACGGAAAUGCGAAAAAACAAAGGUAUCCAAACGCUUGGGAACCAAUUGCGCAACGCAAGGGGGAUGAAAAUGUGAACGAACAUGUUCUUUUAAGGGCCCAACACGACAAAUCGAAACACCGGCGGCAACUCUUCUCUCUCCCACUUGGGAGUGCCAGGUUGAAAGCAACCCUUCUACAGCUGUCUUGCUCCCCAAAAAUUAAAUACUGCUGUACAACCCUUAAACGCGCGAGAGGUAGCCUUUUCAAAUCAGAAGCGGCCUCCGCCCGGAGAAGUCUAGAACCGUCGACUUUUGCCGGGUUUCGGGAGGUACGCCGGCCACUCCAUUAGUCAAAUCAUGCCGACACGAAAUGUCCGCUUGCCGUGUUGACUGGAGUGCCAGAAUACGAUGCGAGUAAAAAACGGUCCUUUCUUCAUGAACAAGGCGCCUCGUGUCAUGCGUGCAUGAUUCCCGCGAAUAAGAGUAAAAAUAUAGCAAAACGACGUCCACCGCACACAAAUCAAUCAUAUAGACACAGGACACCAUACAGUGGCUUAAGGGAAACUUCGCAUGGUACAUACGACCCAGCACCCCGCUGACGGGCUUCUGCAUUUUUCCCU